AUGCAAGACCAGCUGAGGCCUAAUCAAAAACCAUUGAAGCUAAAAAUGGACGUAGUGACUAGAUGGAAUAGUACCCUAGACAUGAUGAGAAGAUUUGAGAAGUUGCUCACUCAUGACACAGUGUUAAGUAAUGAAUUAUAUGAAGCACUGCAAACAAGGAUUAAAGAACGCCGCACGAACGUAACAGGAAUAUUGAUAUACUUACAGAAUCCAAAGAAAUAUCUUGAAAAUGUAAACCGAUCUGAUGAUACAUUUACUAUGCCAAAGAAAAAAGUCAUACGAUCAGAAAUGACAAAAAUCUUAGAAAGAGUUAUUGAAGAAGAUACAUCUGAAGAAAACAUAGAAGAAAUAGUAGAAGAGAACUUAGAUUCACCAUCACUAAAGAAAGAUUUGACAUUACAGGAAGAAUUACAAUUACAAAUCCAGCAAGAAGCCAAUGCGUAA